GGCUGACUCUGAGGCAGCCCCAAAGGGCAAAUACACCCUCAUCCUGGUCUUCGUCUGUCCCCCCCCAACUGGACCACCUCGCUCCAGCUUGCAGCCACCAGGUUGUGUUGUCUCGCGGGGGGAAGAAACGGAGUGAAGAAUGCACAGUGUUGGAACCCAAGAGUGACACAUACACAAUUUUCUUUACCACUUUGGGAUUAAACACAGGGAUUAAAUCUUACACAGGAGUGAAGGACCUGCCAUCACUGACUGUUUUCAUGGCAACGUAAACUGCCACAAGGACAGACGACUUUCAGCCAAGCGCAAUGACUGAAGCAGAAGCGAGGUCGUCCACCGCCACCACCACCAUGGUCAUCGACGGUAAGAACGGAGACGCCGGCGUGCUGUCCGUCCGCCUGUCCAAGAAGACGUUCACCGAUGACCUGUACUCCACGUUCAGCUCACCGCUGGCCUGGAUCCUGGUCCUAGCCCUCAUCAUCACAUGGUCAUGUGUCUUUGUCAUCAUGUUCGACCUGACCGACUACAAAACCAUCUCAGGUCACCCCACUCCUGGCGUCAGGAAGGUUUUAAAGGAGUCAGAGCGUAGAGGCGGCCUCAGCAGGAUCGGCUCUGACCCCGUGAAGGCCGUCAACGACGUGGUGGAGACGUCCACCAACGUCGUAAGCGUCAUGUUAAAGUUUGCUGCCAGCCUCAUCGCACCCGAAGACGAUGGAAAUCUCUACGCUGUGAGGAAAAAAGGGGAGUUUCUACCAUCACGAAGUAAAGUCAUUGGCAUGCAAGUGAAGAAGUCACGGCCAGCGGUUGAGGUGGUCCAUGAGGACGAUGAGGAAGAGGAGGCUGCUGAGGAGGAGGAGGAAGAAGAUGCCCAAGAUGAGAUGGAGGAACUGGUAGAAGAUGAGGAGGAGGAGGAGGAGGAGGAGGAGGAAGAGGAACUGGUGGAGGAGGAAGGGUAUGAGGAGGAGGAGGAGGAACUGGUGGAGGAGGAGGAGGAGGAGGAGGAGGAGGAGGAGGAGGAGGAGGAAGACUAUGAGGGGGUGGAAGAGUAUGAGGAGGACUAUGAAGAGGAGGAAGAGGAAGCUACUGAAGAUGGAGUUGCUGUGGAUGAAGAGGAGGAAGCCACAGAAGAGGAAGAUGCUGGCGAUGAGGAAGAGGAGGGAGAAGAAGAGACUGGUGAGGAAGAAGAGGAGGAAGCCACAGAAGAGGAAGAUGCCGGUGAUGAGGAAGAGGAGGAGGAGGGAGAUGAACAGACUGGUGAGGAAGAAGAGGAAGAGGAGGGGAUGAAGGCGGAGGAGGCUUCAGUGGAAGAAGGAGAUGAUGAGGAGGAAGAGGAGGAGGAAAAGGUGGUGAAGGAGGAGGGAGAAGAUGACAGUGAAGAAGAUGAGGCUGGCCCAGAUGAAGAUGGUGAAACCAAAGAGGAAGAAGAGGAGGCGGCGGCCAAAGACAGAGGUGAUGAUGAUGAGGAGGGAGCGGACACUGUUGAUGAAGAUGACAGCGAAGAAGAAGCUGAGCAGGAGGAGGACGCUGAUGAAGAUGUCCCUGCCAAGGGGGAGGAGGAGGAGGAGAAGCAGGAUGAAGAUGAAGUUGUUUCUGCCAAGGAGGAGGACGAUGAGGAGGAUGAAGAUGUCCCUGCCAAAGAGGAGGAGGAGGAGGAAGAGGAGGAUGAAGUAGCCCCUCCCAAAGAGGAGGAGGAGGAGGAAGAGGAGGAUGAAGUUGCCCCUGCCAACGAGGAGGACAAGGAUGAUGAUGAUGUUCCUGCUGAGGAGGAGGAGGAUGAAGAUGAUGCCUUCACUGAGCUCUCACAGCCUGUGCUUCUCUAUGGCGAGGAAGAGGAGGAAGAUGAUGCCGCUGCAGGAGACGACUCCUAUCUUCCUCCUCUGGAUGAUGAUGAUGAUGAUGAAGAGGAGGGGGAGGAGAUUCCUCUCCAAGUUUUGAAGGAGGACAUCAAAGUUGGGGAGGAUGAUGAAGAUGUCCCUUCUGUCACGACUGACGAGGAAGACGAGGAUCUUCAUGCUGACCUCUACGAUCUUGACGACAAAGACGACGAUGUCACUGAGGAGGAGGAGGAUGAUGAUGAUGGAGAGGAAGAGUUGAGCCUUCCUCCCUUUGAGACUAGCGACACCUUGGCUGAGGAUGAGGAUGAUGAAGAGGAGGAAGGUGAAGGAGAGGUCAUGCCAUCACUGGCCGUCGAUGAAGUUCUCCUUGACGAUGACGUGACAUCAGAGUCUCAUCAGGAGGACGACGAUGAUGAAGAUGACGUGCUGUCAGCGCCGUCUGCAGAGUCACUUCCAGUCCAGGAAGUGGCAUCAGAGGCUGAAAGAGAGGAGGAUGAGGGAGAUGAAGCUGAGAUGCUUGGCUUGUAUGAAGCCAUGACGCCCGCCCCUCUGGGGGGUGAAGACGAGGAUGAGGAGGACGAAACCAAGGCGAGCAAAGCGAGGGAUGAAGCACCCGCAGUCUGCCCCUGCAUGACUGCUGCUAAGACCAAAACGUCUGCUGGCAGGACCUCCGACAACAAAGAAGCUUCCAGGAGGGUUUCUGCUGUGAGGAGGAAAGAACAUAAAGCAGUGAGGAGCACAGAAAGAUCUGAUGGCAAACCCAGGAGGACAGCUCUUCCCAGAAUUGCCACUUUGGAGCCAAAAAUGAGACGGAUCAGGAGAAUUCCAGCUCUUCUUAAAGCUAAAAGACAAGAAAAGAGCAAGAAGUCUAAAGCAGAGCAACCGACUGAGAAACAAAAGCCAAAACCAGCAGAGGUUCCAGAACCACAGCAAGAUGUUGGCCCUUGCAGACCAGCACCAGUCUACUGGCCAUCCGCUCCUGGCUGGUAUGUUCAUCAGAUUGUCACAGACAACCCCUACCUGCCUCCGAGUGUCUCAGGGUCGGCUGCUCCGGUUCUGACCGCUCAUCCCGUCCACCCUGCUGCCCCACCCGUGCAGCCGCUUUAUCACCAACAACCAAUGAUGGCGCCGCUUUAUGCCCACUAUCCACCACCCUACCCUCAGCCGGUACCGCCUGUCAUGCAGCAGAUGCCGGAACCAGUACAGCCAGUCCAACAAACUGAGCCCGUGCAACCAGUGCGGCCAAUCCAACCACCAGAACCUCUCCAACCAGUUCAACAAGUUGAACCAGUGCAGCCAAUCCAACCACCAGAACAUGUCCAACCACUUCAACAAGCUGAACCAGUGCAGCAAGUCCAACCAACAGAACCUGUCCAACCAGUCCAACAAGCUGAACCAGUGCAGCCAGUCCAACCAGAAGCUGCAGAACAAGCCCCACCCACUCUGUCUGAAGUCCAGACUCCACCCACUGUGGUUGAGGUGAAAGAACCAGAACCCAAAGUGGAGCCAGAAGCAGAGAAGGUUCAUGAAGACACGACAAAAAAAGCUGCAGCUGCCAAGAAGAAGAAGAAGAUAAAGAGCACCGUUGGCAGUGAAGGUGGUACGCUCACAAAAGACAAAGCAGCAACUCCAAAGAAAGCUCCAAAAGAGAGAAGCAAAAUGUCAAAGAGAGAAUCUAUGAUGACGCGACACAAGAGAAGUUCCGCAUCAGCAAAAACAGACAUCAUAAGGACCAGAGUCAGGUCCUCUGCAGCCAAAAAAGCUCCCGAAGCAGAGCCGCGCUCACCAACAAUCAGACUGAGGACCAGGCUGGAGCCCGAGAAGAGGGCCAACGUGACCUCACAGGUCAAAGAAGACAAACAAGCCAAAUCUUCAACAUCAUCAACAGUAGAACCAGAAAAAGCAGAGAAACAACCUCCAAAAGCCAAAAAGUCAAAGACAGGAGCUGAUCCCACCGAACAGAAGAAAUCAGGUCAAAGAUACUUCCAGUGUAUUUACGUCCCCGGCAAAAACGCACAGUACCCCCUGCGGCCUUUCACCCCAGCCAUGUCCCCCACCGUCAUCAGGUCCAUGAUGGAGCAGCAGAAAGCCGCCCGGACGUCAGGACAGUAACCGGGACCCCCUCCCAUAAGGACACGGGUUGGAGAAAGGACUUGUUUACACUAGAACACAGAACUACUAGUCUCUUUAUUUAUUGUUCAGUCACCACCAGGCUGCCAUUUUGGCCGCCAGUGGUGACAUGUAACAUGUGACACAUACACCGGCACACACAAACAACAAAGAGUUGACUUGAUUUGACUUGACAAUUUCCUGGUCAUGUGACAUCUUUGCACCAAUUGUUGCUAGGCAGAAUUUACAGGGCGUUUAAAAAGCUCAUGCAUAUAUCCACUGUACCAGAGCAACACAGAGCAGAGAAAGGACAAGGAGAGACGGCAGGAACCUACUCCAAAAACAGCACUACCAGGACACACUCGGCGAUUCAUUGAGGCACGGCGAAGGCCGAGGCCCCGCAUUGAUUUGUCAGUCAUUUCUUUCUACCAAUCAUGUCCAGCUGCGGUGUUAGCAUUGGCAUUAUUUUGCCGUAAACACUACAACAUUUCGACCUUUACUUUAACGUGACCAACUGUGAGACGCCGUGACGCUGACCCACAUUGCGAUGAGCGCAUGCUGGUUAUUCAUCACUCUUUACCUCACUUUGGCGUCUAUGCAGCGGCAACACAGCAGCCAUGUUGGCACUUACGCUGCUUUUAGCGUUUGCUAUUCAUCGAUGUCUUACUUGGUGAAAACGCUCAAAGAAAGCCAGACGCUUUAAACCUUUUCAUGACCAUCGUGUUUACUUAGCAUGAGGCGCUACACGUGUUGCUGUGGUGACAUGAGGUCAUAGGUCAACUUUCCAAGUCUUAAGACGUGCACGGACUUGAUGAUGAUAAUGAUGAUGAUGAUGUACGUUGAACACCGGUGCACAUUUACUUUUUGAUUAGACAUAUUUCCUCUUUGACUUGACAGAUUAGCCGUUAGCAUGUUGGCUAAACAGAGUUUGCUAAAUUAAAUGAAAGCAUUUUAAUGUUCUGUUUAUUGUCGGAAUUGUCGCAAGGACACUUUUAAAGUUUUUAAUUGUGUUCCUGCUUGGUUCUGUCAUGUUGCUAUCUAGCAUGCGCUAACCACUCAGCUAGCCACGAGCUAAGCUAGGAUUUAACUAUGUUGCUGCUUGUAUUUUUGGGUCACAAAAUGUUCACUUUUGUGUGAAUUAUAGGGUCAACAAGGUCCACAUGAUUUUAAGUGUGACUCUUCGGCCUGAUGGCUCAUGUUGCUUUCAUUUCUCCUUUAAUAAUAAUAAUGAUAAUAUAAUGAUAAUGAUGAUGGAGCCCUGUAGAGUGUGUGAACCCAGAUGUGAAUAAUUUUAUUUCAUAGAAAGUUUAUAAAAAUGAGUAAUUUAUAAUAAAGUUGUAUGGUGAUUCAUGUUCUUCAAGUAUCACAAACAAUUCAAGUUGUGCUCAAAACAAUGCUAUUCAUAGUUACAAUGCAGUUUAUCUACACACACUUUAUGGCCAAGUAGUAGGAUGCUCAAUAUUGUCAAAGAGCUUCAUAUUUUUUCCCCACAAUCAUCACUUUUUUUGUUAUCAAUCACACAUUAGAUCAUUCUUUAUUCAAUAAAACUGAGUC